AUGGCCAAGGGGAAGAAAGCCAAACAGGCCAAAGCCCAGGCCAAAACCGUCAGCUUUAAAGUGGCCCAGAACUGUAUAGAGUACACGCAGGACGGCAAACGGCGCCUCAAUCUCAGUUUGAAGGAGAUCUCCACGGUGCCGAAGUGUAUUCAGAAGAUGACCGAACUGGAUCACCUGGACCUCAGUAGGAAUUUCAUCAAAAAGGUCCCGGAAUUUAUUGAGUGUUUCAUCAGCAUCUGCAUUUUGGACCUGCACAGCAACUAUCUGGAGGAGAUCCCUGUGACCAUCGGACGUCUGCAGAACCUGCUGGUCCUGAACCUGUGUAACAACCGUCUGAGCGUGCUCCCAGAUGAGAUCGGCCUCCUGAAGAACCUGCAAACGCUCAACCUGGGCCUGAACCGGCUGGAGGCCCUCCCCUCCUCGGUCGGCGCCUUGAAGGAGCUCCGCCUCCUCGGCCUCUCUGACAACCUCCUCACCCGCGUCCCGGGCUGCCUCGCCAGACUCCACAAACUGGAGAAGGUUAACCUAGACCGGAACCCGAUCCCCGAGCCGGAGUCCGCACAGGAACCGGCUCAGGUAAUGGAGAAGCUUUACCUGGUCAAGGAGAGUCACCUGUGUGAGGACUGUCUGGACAAGUGCCAAACAGAGAGGAGGAGGCUGGAGGAUGUGGGCAGGAGUAAACAACCCAAAAUAAUCGACUUCCACAGCCCGGAAAACCAGGAGGUGUAA